UACGCAACUUGUAAUCCUCUUGGUAUGUAUUUACAGGAAAAUCUAAUGACACUGUCACUACCAUAUGGGAAAACUAUACUAACUGAUGCCUGAACUAAUCUGCUAAGGCAAUUAGUAACAGAAAAAAUAGGUCAUGAAUUGUGCUGGGCGGGACAGAACCUGCGCUGAGCGAGGUUCUGGGGCGUCUGGCAGUGCCUGCGGAUACCCCAGUGAUAGACAGUCUCUGAGGGGCAAGGUAAACGAUUGGUUGUCCUGUCUUUGAUAAGGACUGACCAGUUGGUGAAAAAGACUUGCUCGCAUGCUUCAUCGACUGUGAUGCAGUGGCAGUCCAGUGCUACACUAUUCUUCCCAGAGAUCAAGGACACAAAUUGAAACCAGAAUCAGCCAUGGUGAAUUGUCAUCUCAGUAAUGAAGACUGAUUAUAGAAUCUACAGUAUAUUGAGCCAGGAGGUUUUAUUAUUGAUUUAGGAGCAGUGACAGACUAGCAGAAAGCUUCCAUAUCUAGGACAGCUAACAUCUGUAAAACUAUUAAACAUGGCUGUAUCAGAUGAACUUGAAGGAUAUUACAGAAAAGAGCAAGAACGCCUUCAUACAUUUAAGAAUUGGCCUCUACCAUGGCUCUCCCCUAAAGAGUUAGCAGCAGAUGGGUUUUACUAUCUUGGAAAGGAUGACCAGUGUGCAUGCGUGUUUUGCAAUCAAAUUGUCAUGAAAUGGGAGGAGGGUGAUACUCCAAGAGGGGAGCACACACGUUUCUCUCCCAAUUGUAAAUUCAUUAAUAACAAACCAGUUGGGAAUAUACCUUUGCCCAGUGAUGCUAAGCUCAUGGAUUAUGCCUCUUGUGACAAUGCUCCAAAAGUAAGUAAUUCUAUUUCAGAACCAGAUCAUAAAGGAGAAAUUUCAAAUAAUUCAAGAAACAGUCAAAUAGGCUUGAUCCCUAAAGUUAUUAACGAGCCUGAUAAUACGCUUGACAUGAGGAAUGAAGAAUAUCGCCUGAAAUCAUUUGAAAAGUGGCCAUUGGAUUGGUUAUCCCCUUCUUCCUUAGCAGCUGAUGGCUUUCUUUAUCUCGGAAAUCAGGAUUAUUGUAGAUGUGUUUUUUGCAAUCAGAUAAUAGGCAAAUGGGAGACAGGGGAUACACCAAGAGGGGAGCAUAAAAAAUAUAAUUCACAGUGUCCAUUUAUCUUAGGAAAACCAGUUGGUAAUAUUCCAAUGUAGAAAUUACAAUAAGAAAUUCAGUUUCUUUGUAAUUUGAUGUUGGGUGACCAUUUAAACUACAAUGGAAAAACAUUUGCAUUCUCUGAUGAAGAAAAUAUUUGUUUCAUGUUUUAUUGCUUAAAUCAGUGGCUCUCAAACUACCUUUCAUAGCAAAUGAAUAAGUCUUUAUUUACAACUUUACCCAAGUUCAGCCUUUACUGCUGUAGUGUACACAUAAGGCAUCAGUUUCCUUUUGCUAAUAAAUCAUUUGGAGAUAUAA